AUGGUAGUGAAGAGUAAAGUGGUGUUCGAGCAUGUGGAAGAUUUUAUGAACAUCUUUGGAAUACUGAGAAAGUAUAAGCUACGUCUGAAUGCUUCAAAGUGUUCCUUUGGUGUAGGCUCCGGGAGGUUCUUGGGAUACAUGGUGACUCAUAGAGGAAUUGAACUGAACCCAGAUCAGAUUAAGGCCAUCAACGAUUUACAAGCACCUCGGAAUCCAAAAGAGGUGCAGAAACUGACUAGAAUGACUGCUGCUUUGAACCGAUUUAUCUCCAGGUCGGCCGAGAGGUGUCGACCCUUUUUCCUUCUACUGCAUAAGCGAAAAGGAUUUGAAUGGACUGAGGAGUGUGCUAUGGCAUUUCAGCAAUUGAAGGAGUACCUAUCCAGGCCGCUUAUCAUGUCUAGUCCUGAGGUGGAUGAGGUACUGUUUGCUUAUCUGGCAGUUACCCCUCAUGCAGUUAGUUUUGUCUUAAUACGAGAGGACAGCGGCGUCCAAAGACCAAUUUAUUACGUAAGUAAGUCUCUUCAUGAAGCCGAGGGCACAAUCCUAGGUGCUUUCGACAUCAAGUAUAUGCCUCGCACCUCAGUGAAAGGCCAAGUCCUUGUCGAUUUGGUAGUUGAGUUUGCCGAGUGUCCAGAAAAAGCUAACAUGAAGCAAAGUGACAUGGAUGAAAAGUCGGUUGGUCUGAUCUCCACACAAGGCGGUUCCUCCUGGAGAGUAGUAGAAUUAUUCUCGGAUUCAAGAUUGGUAGUUAGCCAAGUGAAAGGAGAACUGGAAGCCCGAGAUCCAAGAAUGCAGGGAUAUUUGAGUCAAGUUAGGCGUAUGCAAACGAAAUUUGAAUCUUUUGACUUAUCGCAUAUCCCCCGAGGUGAAAAUACCCACGCCGAUUCCCUGGCAACCCUUGCCACCUCUUCAACACGGAGUUUUCCUCGGGUGAUAAUCGUCGAAGAUUUGUAUACCCCCACCCCACCAGGAAAGGACGUACGUCAAGUUCAUCAAGUCAAUCUAGCGCCGAAUUGGAUGGAUCCCAUAUCGAAAUUCCUCGAAAGUGACAUCUUGCCCGAAGAAAAAAUAGAAGCUGAGAAAAUACGGAGGAAAGCUCCUCGAUUUUGGUUAUCCGAGGACAAAAAGUUAUACAAACGGUCCUUUUCUGGGCCGUACCUACUUUGUAAACAUCCCGAGAUGUCAGAGUCACUCCUAGAGGAGCUACAUGAAGGCAUUUAUGGAAGUCAUACAGGGGGAAGGUCCCUAUCACACCGGGCCAUUACUCAAGGAUAUUGGUGA